CUUAUUUCGCGCGGCUGGACGGGCAGAUUGGACCCGCGGGGCGGAAAUGAGCCUCAGCCGGUUCCGGCGACCGGGUCCGCGGUGAGGGCAGCGGCAUGGAAGAGGCACCUCACGAUUGUCCGGGGGCCGACAGCGCCCAGGCGGGCCGAGGGGCUUCCUGUCAGGGAUGCCCCAACCAGAGGCUGUGCGCGUCGGGAGCCGGCGCCGCGCCGGACCCGGCCGUGGAGGAAAUCAAGGAGAAAAUGAAGACGGUGAGGCACAAGAUCUUGGUGCUGUCUGGGAAAGGUGGCGUUGGGAAGAGCACCUUCAGCGCCCACCUGGCCCACGGCCUGGCAGAGGACGAAAGCACACAGGUUGCUCUCCUAGACAUUGACAUAUGCGGACCAUCAAUCCCCAAGAUAAUGGGCCUGGAAGGAGAACAGGUUCACCAGAGUGGUUCAGGCUGGUCUCCGGUGUACGUGGAAGACAACCUGGGGGUGAUGUCGGUGGGCUUCCUUCUCAGCAGUCCCGACGACGCCGUCAUCUGGAGGGGACCCAAGAAAAACGGCAUGAUCAAGCAGUUCCUGCGUGACGUGGACUGGGGCGAGCUUGACUACCUCAUUGUGGACACUCCUCCAGGCACGUCGGAUGAGCACCUGUCAGUCGUGCAGUACCUGGCCGCAGCGCACAUCGAUGGGGCCGUGAUCAUCACUACCCCGCAGGAGGUGUCACUCCAGGACGUAAGGAAGGAAAUUAACUUCUGCCACAAGGUAAAGCUGCCUAUCAUCGGAGUGGUGGAGAACAUGAGCGGCUUCAUCUGCCCCAAGUGCAAGAAAGAGUCACAGAUAUUUCCUCCCACGACCGGGGGUGCUGAGGUCAUGUGCCGGGACCUGACGGUGCCUCUGCUGGGCAGAGUGCCUCUGGAUCCACACAUAGGCAAGAGCUGUGACAAAGGCCAGUCUUUCUUUACUGAGGCACCAGACUCCCCUGCCACGCUAGCCUACAGAAGUAUAAUUCACAAAAUCCAGGAGUUUUGUGGUCUCCCCCGGUCAAAGGAAGAGGAGCCCAUCAGUUCCUGAGACAAGAGAGGGCUGCAGGCCAGAGCCAUGGAGCUGAGGGACUUGCUGCCAGCCUGUCCAGCCUCAUCUGACCAGCAGGGCACAGGACCAGGUGGGGCCACAGGCAGAGGGGGACCAGAGCUUGCUGUGAUUUCACGCCCAUGGAGCUGCCCGGUGCCUUCUGCUUCUCUCUAGAUUCAGGCCGAGGGCUUCCCUGAUUGAUGUGUGU